AUGGCGCCGCCCUCCGAGUCUGGGACGGAGCAGGAUUUCGCGCAGCAGCGCCAAAGAAGGCUCUUCGACGACUACCGCAGCUUCGCGCACGCUUCGACGCUCGCGGCGUGUUUCCUCGCACCCGCCCUGAUCGCCGUCCCGCCCCGCAAGCUGGAUCUGUACACCUUCUCCCUGGCCGGCGCGUUCGUCGCGUCGGCGAACUACCAGCUCAGAGAGCGCACGGGGACGGGCUUCAUGGGCCACGCUUCACGGCGUUGGCAUUUCCACGACAGACCGUUACCCCCGCUGCGACAGGGCCAGGGCCAGGACGACGAUGCUGGUAACUCGGUGAAUGGAUAUCAACGGAUACCCCUCGAACCGAUGGUGCAGGACGCGGAGCGAAGGAACGGGACGUCCACCUUACGGGAUCAAGCUCGCGGAGCUUGGACGGGUGCGCAGAGCGAGGACUGGAAACAACGCCGCUUAAAAGAAGAACAGGAGAAACUCGAGCAGGGGGAAGGUUAUGGAAGCAUGAUUGUCGACCAGAUUUGGGAAGUUUGGAACCAAGGCGAGAAGAAAGCCGAGGAGUUGAAAGAGAUGGACGAAGAGGUUGUGCAGAAGCGGAAUAACCGUGGUUGA